UCAGUAAGGGCGACGCGCCCUUACUGAAGGCAGACAGACCUGACCAUUUGGCUUGCAGCUUGCAGGUGUAAAAGAAUGGAUGACUGGCUUUCGAGCCGGCAUCCUCUUUGCUGAUUGGACAGGAAGGUGUGGGAGAAAAAGAGGCUGAGCGGAGGCGCCAGCAGCAGUUUAUCCUCCCUCAGUCCCCGCUGACUCUGCCGGUUCUGCUGAAACUGAGAUGUGACUGCUCACCGGUGGAAGGCAGACCAUCAUUCCGUGGGAUUUUUUUCUUUCUUUUCUUUUCUUUUCCUCGCAGCCCGAUGAUGGGGAAGGACAGGCGGGGAGUCAUGCCGGGUUGUGCUUGGGUUGUGAUUCUUGUCUGUGUGAUUCCCUCUGUGUGCGCAGUGGAAGAGACAGUGAUGGACACAAGGACUGCGACAGCUGAGCUCGGCUGGAUAUCGUUUCCUGCCAAUGGAUGGGAAGAGGUGAGUGGAUAUGAUGAGAACCUCAACACCAUCAGGACAUACCAAGUGUGCAACGUGUUUGAGCCCAGCCAGAACAACUGGCUGCUCACCACGUACAUCGACCGACGGGCCGCACAACGUAUCUACGUGGAGAUCCGCUUCACUGUCCGGGAUUGUGCCUCCAUACCCAAUGUUCUGGGCUCCUGCAAAGAGACGUUCAACCUCUACUACCUGGAAACAGACAGGAGAGAAACAGCAGGCAACAGGGGAGUGGAAUACUGGGCAAACGCACCAUUUCUAAAGGUGGACACUAUAGCAGCAGAUGAGAGCUUCUCCCAGGUUGACUUUGGAGGGAGACUGAUGAAGGUGAACACAGAAGUACGGAGUUUUGGCCCGUUGUCCAAAGGAAGAGGGUUCCAUCUGGCUUUCCAGGACCUGGGUGCCUGCAUGUCCCUUCUGGCUGUCAGAGUUUUCUACAAGAAAUGUCCCAGCAUUGUGCAAAACUUUGCUUAUUUCCCAGAGACGCUGACAGGAGCAGAGUCCACCUCACUAGUCAUUGCUAGAGGAAGCUGCAUAGAAAAUGCAGAGGAGGUGGACGUGCCUAUAAAGCUCUACUGCAACGGAGACGGAGAGUGGAUGGUACCCAUCGGCAGCUGCAGCUGCAAGGCAGGCUAUGAACCAGACAGCAGCAACGUGUGUCGAGCUUGUCCUCAGGGCACCUUUAAGUCGUCCCAAGGGGCGGGAUUAUGCCAGCAGUGUCCAUUCAACAGUCGCUCCACCAUCGAAGCUGCCACCCUCUGUGGCUGUCGGAAUGGAUAUUAUCGGGGAGACACGGAGAAACCAGAGGACAUGUGUACCAGCGUCCCCUCAGCUCCUCGCAAUCUGGUCUCUGUGGUGAACCAGACAUCGGUGCGGCUGGAGUGGCAUCCACCCCGAGAGAUCGGACACCGAGAUGACUUGUCUUAUAACGUGAUAUGCCGGCGGUGCCACAGCAGCGAGCGUCGAACAUGCCAGCCAUGUGACGACAACGUCGUGUUUGUUCCAGGAAAGCAGGGCUUGAAGGGAACAAGAGUGGAAAUCAGCAAGCUGCGAGCUCACAUGUCAUACACCUUCGAAAUCCAGGCGGUCAACGGAGUGUCCAACAAGAGCCCUUACCCUGCCCAGCAGCUGUCAAUCAACAUAACAACCAAUCAAGCUGCUCCUUCUGUGGUUCCCAUUAUGCACCAAGUAAGCUCAACGAGUCGCAGCUUCUCGUUGUCUUGGCCGGCGCCGGAACAGCCCAACGGGAUUAUCCUGGACUAUGAAGUUCGAUACUACGACAAGUCCCAAUCAUCACUGCUGAACAGCUCAGUGGUCCUGAGCGAUACACCUAACGUGGUUCUGGAGGGUCUGAGGCCCGGGACCGGAUAUGUGGUGCAGGUGAGGGCCCGCACCGUCGCUGGUUAUGGAGCCUACAGCAAGGAAAUGCUCUUCCACACCCUCACUGACGAUGAAUAUAAAUCCGAGCUCGGACAGCAGCUCACUCUGAUCGCGGGCUCUUUAGUAGGCGGAGUGUGUAUCGUCUCACUGGUUGCUGUCACCAUCAUCUGUACAAGGAGGAGACAGCUGAAGGAGAGUGUGUUUGGUGACAAGCUGCAGCAGUAUAACACAGGGGGAGAAGGAAAUCUGAGACCAGACAUGUUCAGCGGUCCAGCACCCACCGUGACCUUUCCCACCCUGUCAGAGGGACGUGGUUCGCCAGGGGUCAAGAUAUACAUCGACCCUUUUACCUAUGAAGACCCCAAUGAGGCAGUGCGGGAGUUCGCCAAGGAGAUCGACCCAUCAUGUGUCAAAAUAGAGGAGGUCAUCGGAUCAGGGGAGUUUGGGGAGGUGUACAAGGGUCGACUGAAACCGGUGGGGAAAAAGGAAAUCCUGGUGGCCAUCAAGACCUUGAAAGUGGGUUACUCUGAGAGGCAGAGGAGAGACUUCUUGGCCGAGGCGUCAAUCAUGGGUCAGUUUGACCAGCCCAACAUCAUCAGACUGGAGGGUGUGGUCACCAAGAGCAGACCUACCAUGAUCAUCACAGAGUUUAUGGAGAACGGAGCUCUGGACUCAUUUUUGAGGCAAAAUGAUGGGCAGUUCCCAGUAAUCCAGCUGGUUGGUAUGCUGAGGGGGAUCGCAUCAGGAAUGAGGUAUCUGGCAGAGAUGAGUUAUGUUCACCGGGACCUGGCAGCUCGAAACAUUCUGGUCAACAGUAACCUGGUGUGUAAGGUGUCUGACUUUGGCUUGUCACGUUAUUUGGAAGAAGACACGUCUGACCCCACCUACACCAGCUCUCUGGGAGGUAAAAUCCCGGUGCGGUGGACGGCUCCGGAGGCCAUCGCCUACAGGAAGUUCACGUCUGCCUCAGAUGUCUGGAGUUAUGGCAUCGUCACCUGGGAGGUGAUGUCAUAUGGAGAAAGGCCUUACUGGGACAUGAGCAACCAAGAUGUAAUAAAUGCCAUCGAGCAAGACUUCAGGCUGCCUGCUCCCAUGGACUGUCCAGUUGUGCUGCACCAACUGAUGCUGGACUGCUGGCAGAAGGACAGGAACGCACGGCCAAAGUUCCCUGAUAUUGUCAGCAUGCUGGACAAAAUGAUCCGUAACCCCGCAUCGCUCAAAGCCGGAUCCAACAACAUGCCCCCUGGCCCUCCUCAUCAUCCCUUAUUAGACCGGGGAGCUCCAGACCUGAGCAGGGUGAGCUCAGUGGAGGACUGGCUGGCUGCUCUGAAGAUGACCCAGUACAGAGACUCCUUCAUUGGGUCGGGCUUCACUUCUUUGCCACUUGUCACACAAAUUACUGCUGAGGAUCUACAGCGGAUCGGGGUAGCCCUGGCUGGACACCAGAAGAAAAUCCUGACCAGUGUUCAGUCAAUGAGGCACCACGCCGAUGAUCAGUCUCCCACUGAGUCGGUUUAGCCAUAUUUGAGAUAAUCACAUGACAUUCAGUCUACGAGGGAGCAAAAUUCUGUUCAGUGCACCGAAGCCCACCUGGAUUUCCUGCUUCAUGGGAUCAACAUUUGUCACUAUUUAAAGUCUGAAUCAAAAAAAAAAAUUAAGCAAACAGAUGCCAGUGACUGUUUUGAAACACAAAUACAUCUAUCAUCUCCAAAAUAAUCCCUCAGAAUCCGCUUUUAAGAUAACUUUGACUCCAAUCACAGAUCUCUGCAGGUGGUUUUCUACCAAACUAGCUUGCUUUUAGGAAACAGGGUGUGUUCUUUAUGAAGGGUAGAUCGUAAAAAUAUGUUUAAAAAAAUACCAGAAAAAAACUGACUGAAGUGACACAAAUGGGACCACAAGCCUAGAUAAAAGGUCUUUCAAACUGUUUGUGGAGACAGGAACAGCAGCUGGCCUUUGCCCUCUGCAGCAUGUUGUGUUGUGACUUCUCCAUCAUGUUUAAAUGGGACCUUUUUUUGAACCUCUCUUCAUGUUGAAGAGUCUGUAAAUAUGAUAUUGGAAGAAAAUUUCCACUUUACUCAAUUAUUCUAAUUUUAGUAAAUGUUCUGUCUGUUUUUACUGGAGUAUUUGUGACCUUUCUGGUCUUUUUCUUUGCUCAUAGCUCAAACUUAAAGGUAUUUCAGACUGCUGACUCAAUCCAGUUACAUAUCUGAGUUGGACACCAAAAUGAGGUAAAGAAAUGUCAAUCCGAAGCAAAGCUGUUCCCACCUUUGGGACAAAUCAACUGUACACCGCAGUAUUAAGAAAAACAGCGGCUCAAGACAUUGUCUGAAUUGCAACAUUGGUGGUCUCCAACCAGCACAACCAGAAAAUCUCCGAAAAGGUAAUCUCUUCCAAUGUUCUAGUGAUUUGGCAGCAAAUCCGCAAGCUGGGAGCCAGUCAAUGCAUAAAUACAGUGCAUGAACCAACCCAGAAUCCAUUGCUCAUGUUCAGUCUACACACAGAGCAAAUCUCAUUUCUGCCUAAAGUGUAUGGCAUCCGUCCAGAUGGCAAUCAUCGCUCUGCUGCGGGCUGUCUGGCAGGCUCCUUUGUAUUCUCUUUUUUUUUAUUUUAUUUUAUUCACUGGCUCCUGGAUGCUCCUGUGUUGUCAGGGUUUGUGUUGACUGUCUCAUUUCCAACCAAAAUGACAUCUCUGGUUAUUACUGCUGUGUCUGUUUGCAGAUGAAAACUAUGUAAAGAUACCUGUACAUGUUUUCUUUUUGAACUGUGGACAAAAACUUUUUAAAGGCACCAUACAGAUUUACAAGACCGAUUAUUGACUAUAAUUCAACCCAAAGAAAAGAAAAAAUGAGCAGGCAAAUUGACAGCUUGUUUAUUAAUUCAUAGUUGAACCCAAACCCUCUUAUCUUGCACUCACAAAUGUCUCUUUUCCAGUAGCUCCAAAUGGAAAUUGUGCUUUUUUUUGUCGCCUGACUUCCAACAACAGACAAUGACAGUUGUUUGCUUUCUCUGCUGCACAGCUCUGACACGUCCCAUAAAACUGUGUGUUUGUUUUCGUCUCGCAAUGCUGCUUGGCAGUGCUGGAACACCCCAAUGCCUUUUUCUUUUUUUCUUUUAUUUAUGAACACUGUGACAUUGAGAGGUCUGAAUAUUUCAGUUUCCACUUAUCGCUGAAACUCUGCCCUGAUGGCGCAUGCGUAGUGAUACUGUGGCUUAGAAUUGGCAGAUUUUUGAGCAUUGUAUAUGUUAGUAGGAUCGACAGAGAACAUUUUGUAGCUUAGAGACAAAUUUUGUUGUAAACAUCUCUAGAAAAACAGACUUGGACAGGGCUUUUACAAAUGACUGAAAACGUAAUAUUUGAUUAAAAGUUACAUUACAUUUCACGUCAAGAGAAUGAAAAAGAGAUAAAAGCAACGUCUUCAUCAAAUAACAACUUCAUUGUGAGCUUUAAAAAUGAUUAUUUGGGUAUCGAAACAGUUUAAGGUAAAAACACAAAAGAAGGCAGUUUCACAAGAAAAAAAAUUUGCAUUGCAGAUAUUGACUUUGAAGAUGCUAGAAAAAACAGGAGAGAUGAUCUAAUCCCAGCUUCAGUUGCAGUUAUGUGUAAGCUGUGCAGAUAGACAUGUCCUCUUGUUUUGGUUGGGUGUUUGCGACUUGGCUGUUCUGUAUUGUAUCAGUGUCACUGGCAUUUUUUGGCACAUUUUAGCAUUAGCAUAAGAGCAUGCAUGUGCAUUUGCAUCUUGCCAUUAUUUUUGUCUGACAAUUUUUGGUUCCACCAUUAGGAAAACAGCAAUUGCAAAAUGUUUAGAAGUAAACUCUAAAUCCACGUACAGACCGGACAGUAGAUGUGCGUUCUUGAAUGCAUGUUUAGCCCAUGGUGUUCACACUGGUUAGCAGGGAGGGGCUUCUUUUUCUACUGUUUACUACCACAUGUCCAGCACCUACAGUUGGAAAAGGCUUUGAGCGAUAUGUUGGAAAAUGUAUUCAUUGCUAAAGUCUUUGGAAGGAAAGAUAUGGACUACCAUCAUGUCAGAAGAGCUGCCUUGAUUUAUAUUUACUUGAGAAAAAAAAAUAAAAACACAGAUAUCAUCAGUCUAAACCAGGUAAACCAAAUCUGAGUCCCUGAUUGGUCAAAGUUCUGGUUUAACUCGCAACGUGUGUCUAGUGGUCACAAACUUAGUACAUAGAGGCCAAAAACGGUCAUAAAACCCUGCGUAGCUACCCGUGAACACGAGAGAACACAGAAGCCCAAAACGUGCAUUUACAUAGACUUUUCAUCGGAAGUGGCCGCUUUAGCGUGUGUUGCCUUUGGUGGUGUGAACACAGCUUGACAGUCAACAGUGCAGUAGAAAAAAGUAGUGCACAAAACCGCAUGAUUGCUUUUGUCGCUAAACUUUAUAAAAUGUUUUGCUUCCCUAAGGGUCAGUCAAAAUACUUAAGGGUUUUGGGUAAAAGAUUUUGUCACAACGCUUAUUCAUUGGGUUCACUUACAGAAUAGAAAUAAAAAUACAAUGUUACAUUAGCUUAUAUCUAUUGUAGACAGAGAAAUUGCUUUUAUACUCCAUUCUGUCCCCUCUUAUUUGGUUUCUGGUGUUAUAUUUGAGUUUUAAAUCCUCUUGUUUCUGUCUUCAGAGUCAAUAUUUGGACUUAUGAGCCCAUUCAGAUCCACAACCAGCAACUUUUUAUAAGUGUUCUUUAGGCAAAAGUUUGAUUCGGCACUUGGCACCACUGAUGGUACUUUGGUAAUUGGACCGAAGGAAGUUUGCUCGUGACGGACAGCAAAAGACAGAUGGUUCACCCUUUUACCUGCCAAGUGGUAUUUCUUUUGCCCUUUUUUCUAAACACUUUCAACCAAUCAACACCCAGAUGGCUUCUUGUAACAAACCAUCUGGUGUGUCACUUUAGUUCAGUACUACAAACCAGUAUACUUGACUCAGCGGCUGCUUCUAGACUCCAGGAGAAUGCUAAAAAUGGCACAGUGGUCAGCUUUGUGUUUGAGAGUAAGACCGUUGGAAAGUCGGUGCUUUCCAACCUGUUACCGUGCAGGCACUGCUUCAGCCACAUGCAGACUGAGUCUGAUUAUUACUUUGGAGCAUAAUAGAAGAGUUUAAUAAACACUCGGCAUAUUGACUGGCUUGAGUAUGAAGAGGCAAUUCAACACUUUAAUUUCCCAGCAGUGCUUCCUGUCAUUGCUAUUGCAUUGUUGUGCGUUUUGGCAUGUUGCUGCCACUUGGAAUAAUGUUAAAGCAUUGGCAGACAAGUACUGUGUGCAUUUUUUUGUGUUUGUGCACAAAAAAGUAGUAGAAAACAGAUUUUCAGUACUAAAAAGGAGAAAAAUGUGUGAAUUUAUAAUAUGUUUGAACAUUUUUGUGAUCUUUCUUUUUUAACAAUUGUGUUCCAACAUACGAAGCUGGUGUGUGUGGGACCAGGAAACUUCCUUUGCAGACAUUCUGCAUUUUAAACCAAAAUGGUGCACUCUGUGGCUCCAAGAGACCAGAGAGUUAAGACCAUGAUAAAAAGUUUGUCUCUUUUACCUAAUUUUUGAAUGGCACAAAUGGGUGCAGCAGAGACAAGCUCCAUGCAUGAUUCUGUUAGGUUUGACAGCAAAACUUGACUUACACAACAGACAUUUAAAGCUAAGUUCACACUGGACAUGUGUUCACGGACACGCUGAACGUGGGUUUUGAACACACUUUUAUCAUACAGUCUUUACACAGGUCGCUACUCCACACUAGCACACAUACUCAUAGUUGGAAGAGGCUUGGCGCGAAAUGUCAAAGCAGUGCAAAUCUUGCCAAUCUUCCUCCGGGCUAUCUUCCUCACAUCUCUAUUCCGAUAAAUUAAGGACUAAUUCCAGCCAGGCACAAACCGCAAUUAUGAAUUUCUCAAUCAUUAUCGAAUUUCAGUUGUGUGGUACUCACCAAAUCCAAUUCCCUAAUUGUUCAUAGUUCAACUGCUUAAACUUUCAUUGUGUGUUCAAUUAGUUAUGUAGACCCCAAAAUUUUACCUAAAAACUUGCAUAAUGACGCGUGAAAGCAAGAGUUUUGAACACGGAAACCUUAAAAGCACAAAUGUUCACAUCUACAUAGACUUUUCGUUGAGAGUGGUCGCUCAAUUGAGUGUUUCCAAGCCCGCUGUGAACGUAGCAUCAGACUUAUAGACCAGGACCUGACAAGGGAAAAGAGAACCAGAGAAUAACAACUCAGGCUCAGAAAUGAGAGGUGACAGUGUCCCAAGCUUUAACGGGUGUUUUUUUUUUUUUUUUUAUAAUUACAAGCAGAUUCCACAGCUUUAAGUGUGGGGUUGGAAAAGAUACCAGGUGAGAGAUGACAAGUGAAAAAGUUAAAGGGAGCCGAAAGGACAAAGAUGAAAAGAAGGGAGCGGGAAAGAAGCUGGAGGGGGAGAGGAGGGGGAGGAGCGGGUGGCAAAGCUCCACUUGUGUUAGAAUAAAAAUGAGGCUGGGUGUGGAGAGAUUACUCUCUUUUUGUCUUUUACUCUCUACUCUACCCAGCUUCUUCUUCCUGUGCCCAAAACCUCUCUGAAUAACUCACUCUGCUUCCAGUCCACAUUUCCACAGUCUGCUUUGUACUCAUAGCUGUUCUAUUUUCCAUGCACCCUUCACACUCAGCGUUUUGUGCCCUCUUAGACUUUUAUUGGAGAUUUUUUUUUGAAGCCCCAGCAGUACUUUGUUUUGGAGUAUUCAGAAGUGCUACAGCACUCUUUACCUGUUUUUCUCUGCACAUCCUACCAGAUUUGAUCCAAUGGACCAGUCCUGCUGUAAAAACACGAAAUGUGUUUUCGUAUUGAUUUUUUUCUUUUUACAAACAUUCAUUGCUCUGCGAAAAAAAAAAAAAAAAAGUUCCUGACUUUGUUUUCCCCUAGUCUUCAAGCUGUUUUUAUCUGAAAUUACUCUACAACUGCAGGAUGGAAUACCUUGGAAUUUGGAUCCUUUUCCCCUCUGGAGGUUGUAAUAACAGCAGUUUUCAUUUUAACUGUAUUAAAAUGUUGCUGCACUGGUCUGCAGCUGUGUUUAACCUACUACAACAUUUUAGUGCAGCCUCUCAAAGCAAAAAUCUCUGCUACUGAAAACAGUAAGAAUCCCAUAAAUUGUGAAUAUUCAUUUUCAUCCCCUAAAUGGAAAUAAUCAUCAAGAUUUUGAGCUUCCUAAUAAGUUCUAUAACCAGCAACUAAUUCUAAAAUAUCUGCCUGGUUGAAUUUUUUUCAGAGAACCUUUUAGGUCCCAGUUUCUUGCAAUCAAUAAUGUUUUUCUUUGUGAAAAAAGAUAAAAAACUGCUUUUUAACCAACUUCCUUUCUCUGUUUACCUUCAAAACUGUUAUAGAUGUUGAGUGCUCACAGAGUUGGAGCAUCCGAUGUAUGAUAAGACUUUAACAUCAUGCAUAUCCAUGUGUGCCUGUGUAAAAUAAUGUGUGUGUGCUGUUCAGUGUACAGUGAAACGUUUGUACAUCGUGUUUGGGGGUUUGUAGCUGUAAACUUUCUGACAUUUACAAUGCACUGUUUGUCAAAUAAAGAAGACCAAUCAAACUGAAA